AGCACCCAAGGGCUGGUCAAUCAAGCUGAGGGUUGAGUUUCCAUCCAGCAAUGCAGGCCAUGGGAGGCUGUAGGAGUGACGCUGUUAGAUCCCCUUUAUGAGAAUAAUAAUUUUUAUAACAACGUGGCUGGAGGACUGGUCAGGAGAGAAACUAGUGUAGGGGCUGUUGCAAAGGCUCCAAGAAGAGAUGAGACUGUUUGGUGAGUUUAGCCGCUGGAUGAAAGGCCGGAAGGAUGAGGUCAGCAGCGCACUGACACUGCCACCCAAAGCUUCGGCUGCUGCCGCCCUCAUGGAAAUUUCCUGGGGGAAGGGAGAGGACCCUUCCUCGGUGAACACUGGGGCUGCUCUGCGCGAGUUCCUGAGAAGCGGGCAGGUGGCUAGCUCCUCUUCCUUUUCAGCCCUCAGUGCCCAUUUUGCCGACAAAAAGUCCCAGGGUGACAGUACAAGAGACGCCUUUAGUGAAGGCAAAGGAAGGGACACUCCCCUCCUUUCCUGCCGACUCUCGCCCUCACUUCUUGAAAUCUUUGAUCUCCCUUCACCCACUCUGUCACUCUCCUAACACAACCAUUUCCAGGGACUAUUUCCAAGCCCUUUUCCUCAUCCCCGAACCCGCAGUUUUCAGCUGCCCCCAGUUGACUGACCAGGCUGCCUCGACGGCCCCAUUCACAGGCCCCAGCCUCCUCACCGGGCUGGAAGGCGACAACCGCGAAAAGGAGGGUGACUCUCCUCGGCGGGGGCUUCGGGUGACAUCAUAUCCUUCAAAUGCGAAAUCAGGCUCCAGGCUGGUCAAAGGGCGCAACUUCCCCCCCUCCCCUCCCCACCGGCUCCCGCGCGCCUCCCGUGGCGCCCGAGCUUCGAGCCGAGCCGCGUCCUGGGGAGCGUGUCAUGGCCCCACCCGUGACCGCCUUGCUCCUGCCGCUGGUCUUGCUGCUCCACGCCGCCAGGCCAAGCCAGUUCCGGGUGUCGCCGCUGGAUCGGACCUGGAACCUGGGAGAGACGGUGGAGCUGAAGUGCCAGGUGCUGCUGUCCAACCCGACGUCGGGCUGCUCGUGGCUCUUCCAACCGCGCGGCACCGCCGCCCGCCCCACCUUCCUCCUAUACCUCUCCCAAAACAAGCCCAAGGCGGCGGAGGGGCUGGACACCCAGCGGUUCUGGGGCAAGAAGUCUGGGGACACCUUCGUCCUCACCCUACGUGACUUCCGCCAGGAGAACGAGGGCUACUAUUUCUGCUCGGCCCUGAGCAACUCCAUCAUGUACUUCAGCCACUUCGUGCCGGUCUUCCUGCCAGCGAAGCCCACCACUACGCCAGCGCCGCGACCACCCACACCGGCGCCCACCACCGCGUCGCAGCCCCUGUCCCUGCGCCCAGAGGCGUGCUGGCCAGCGGCGGGGGGCUCAGUGAACACGAGAGGACUGGACUUCGCCUGUGGUAUCUACAUCUGGGCGCCCUUGGCCGGGACCUGCGGGGUCCUUCUCCUGUCACUGGUUAUCACCCUUUACUGCAACCACAGGAACCGAAGACGUGUUUGCAAAUGUCCCAGGCCUGUGGUCAAAUCGGGAGGCAAGCCCAGCCUUUCGGAGAGAUACGUAUAACCCUGUGCAACAGCCACUACGUUACUUCAAACUGAGAUCCUUCCUUUUGAGGGAGCAAGUCCUUCCCUUUCAUUUUUUCCAGUCUUCCUCCCUAUGUAUUCAUUCUUAAGAUUAUUAUUUUAGUGGGGGUGGGGUGGGAAAGAGUACUUUUUCUUUAUGUGUUUGACGGGAAACAAAACUAGGUAAAAUCUACAGUACACCACAAGGGUCACAAUACUGUUGUGCGCACAUCGGGGUAGGGUGUGGAAAGGGGCAAGCCAGAGCUACCCGCAGAGUUCUCAGAAUCAUGUUGACAGAGCUGGAGGCACCCAUGCUAUCUCAACCUCUUCCCCACCCAUUUUACAAAGGGGGAGGCUAAAGCCCAGAGACAGCUUGAUCAAAGGCACACAGCAAGUCAGGGUUGGAGCAGUAGCUGGAGGGACCUUAUCUCCCAGCUCAGGGCUCUUUCCUCCACACCAUUCAGGUCUUUCUUUCCAAGGACCCUGUCUCAGGGCAAGUUGCUUGAGUCUCCAACUGCAAGGGAACAAGUACUUCUUGAUACCUGGGAUACUGUGCCCAGAGUCUCCAGGAGGUAAUGAACUAAAGAGAACUGCCUUUGGCAGAGUUAUAUAAUGUAAACAUCAGACUCUUUUUUUUUAAAAAUAUAAUCAAGUCUAAAAUUCUGUAGACCUAAAAUAAAAUGAAGGGGUGAGCUUAACCUUUGAAAUCUAAUCCCUCUGUCUCUAAAGAAAAUCUCUGUGAAACCCCUACAUGGAGGUGGAAUUGCUCUCCCAGCCCUUGCAUUGCAGAGGGGCCGGUGAAAGAGGAGAGGCCGCUCCUUUGCAAAUAAAAUUUGAGCAUCAGUGAGGUUAAACUAAGGCCCUCUUGAAUCUCUGAACUUGAGAUACAAACAUGCUCCUGGGAUCACUGAUGACUUUUUAUACUUUGUAAAGACAAUUGUUGGAGAGCCGCUCGCACAGCCCUGGCCUCUGCUCAACUAGCAGAUACAGGGAUGAGGCAGACCUGACUCUCUUAAGGAGGCUGAGAGCCCAAACUGCUGUCCCAAACACGCACUUCCUUGCGUACUGUAUGGUACAAGCAAUGCCUGCCCAUUGGAGAGAAAAAACUUAAGUAGAUAAGGAAAUAAGAACCACUCAUAAUUCUUCACCUUAGAAAUAAUCUGUUAAUAUGGUAUACUUUCUUCCUGAUUUUCUACGCAUACGUGUAAAAUAUGUCUUUCUUUUUAAAAUGGGAUUGUACUAUGUUGUUAUAAGUGGCUUUAAUGAAUAAACAUUUGUAGUAUCCUCUUUAAUGGGUAAACAGCAUCC